ACGGAACGAUAACCACAGUAUACUUCUAUUACGUCAUAGCAUGAACAUUCGGAGUGAAUAAAAGAACACACCCAGUGUCUCUAGUUCACAAUUUAUCUUUCUUUCUUACAUCGGAAGAAGAAAGAUAAACUUUAAACUAGUGCAGCCAAUUCAGCUAAAAAGAAUAGACCUCUUGUAAUUACCCUCACAUGAUCAAAUUAUAAAGAUGGCGGCGUAUUUGGUCCCGGCUGUCGAUUGAAAAGUGUUGCUCGCUUCGAAAAUAUGUUUUUAAAAGUUAUUUAAAAACUAUUUAUCUUAAAAUAAUUGCACGAAAUUGAAUUAUAAUACACGGUGAAUAUUUAUCAGAGGUAAAGAUGAUAUCAACGAGAUACGUAUCGUUCUUGUCAGGAAUAGUGAUAGCUUCUCUAACAUGGGCGUUUAGCCUGUAUCUAUAUUCAAGGCUGACACAAAAUGCCAUUACUACGAGUCCUACAAUGCUAUCACUCUCUAAUCAUAGAGAAAGUAUUGACAAAGAAAUGCUGCGUGACAACAUUAUCAUUGCUCGCAAUGAAAAACAGAUUAUUAUUGGCAAAAAUGCCUAUAAUUUGAAGAGUAAUAAAGACAGUAGGAACAAUAAUCUACUUUUGCAGCAAUUGCAACCUGUUCCAGUAAAGCCUGCAAUCACUUUAGAGCAAGGUUUGGAUGAAUUAGGUAUGGUAAAGAAUUUGGAGGAUCAACAAAAGAGAGAUGAGGGUUAUAAAAACUAUGCUUUUAAUGUUCUGAUAUCUGAUAAUCUUGGUAUACGAAGAAAUAUACCAGAUACAAGGCACAAAUUAUGCAGAGCGCAGAAAUAUCCUAUUAAUUUGGCAAAUGCUAGUAUAAUUAUCUGUUUUUACAAUGAGCAUUAUACAAC